CGUUACACCAGAAGUCGGCAAUCACAUUUUCUCUCAGUUUAUAAUAAUUUCUUGAUGCUUCCUCUUCAACCUUAUAGAAACCUUAACAGUUCAUAAAACUCUCUGUCUCUCUGCAACGUUCUAUAGCUUCUUGUUUCUUCAUUACUCUUAUAAAUCAGUUGCUACAUAUUUGCGUAUACAAAUGGGAAGACAUUCUUGUUGUUAUAAGCAAAAACUUAGAAAAGGCCUUUGGUCUCCUGAAGAAGAUGAGAAACUUCUCAAUUACAUAACUAGACAUGGUCAUGGCUGUUGGAGUUCUGUCCCCAAACUCGCAGGUUUGCAGAGAUGUGGAAAGAGUUGUAGGCUUAGGUGGAUAAACUAUUUGAGACCAGACUUAAAGAGAGGAGCUUUCUCACAAGAGGAAGAAAGCUUGAUCAUUGAGCUUCAUGCUGCGUUAGGCAACAGAUGGUCUCAGAUCGCAACUCGGUUACCAGGAAGAACAGACAACGAGAUCAAAAACUUUUGGAACUCUUGUCUUAAGAAGAAGCUGAGAAGAAAAGGCAUUGAUCCAACAACACAUAAACCCAUAAUAAGCGAGCUUCAAACUCAAAACGUCAUAGAUCAGAAGCUGACGUCAUUAAAUACUUCGGAAGUGGUAAAGUCAACGGCUUCGAUCAACAACCCACAUGAUCAGUCGAUGGUCGUCUUAUCCCAACCAAGUCCCUGGUGGUACCCGGCGACCGCGACCACGACUACGGCUAAUCAAAACGCUGAGUUUUGCUUCAGUUCAAGUACUACCCAAACGGUUUCAGACCAGAUCGUAUCUUUGAUCUCAUCAAUGUCCACGUCAUCAUCUCCCACACCAAUGACUUCAAACUUCAAUCCUAUUCCAAACAACUGGGAACUCAGCUACUGUAACAACACAGUUCCAUCUCAGAGCAACAGUAUCUACAGUGCUUUCUUUGGUAAUCAUUACACAGAAGCUACCCAAAUCAUGAAUACUACUAAUAAUAAUAUAUUAUUAGAUCAAGACAUGAAGUCAUGGGCGCCAGAGAUUCUUCAUUACACAGAACAUAACCAAAGCUCAGAAACUGGUUUUGAAGCAGAAGUGAAGCCAGACAUUGCCAAAUACUACUGGAGAUCAAUAUCAUCAUCGCCAUCACCAAAUGAAAGCGCUGCAACAUUACUACAUGAUGCUGACGUGGAGUUUUACGGUAAAAAUCUUCAAAAACCGAAUAUCAUGGCGUUUGAUCAGAGGCUUUAGAUUAGUAAACAUGUGCUAGAGAGUGUAUUCAGCAUUUCUUCAAUUUCUAUUCACAUUUCAAGGAUCCGAGUUUACUUGAUUAAUAUUCUG